CUACCAGAGCUGCACUGGGAAAGCAGGCACAGGGGUGUCCAGACAGAGGCUGAUGAAGCUGAACUGAGCGUGAAGGUUAAUAAAGGUUAUAUUUUCUAACUUCAGCAGCAUCACAGCUUCAUCUAUCAGACUUCAGCUGAAAAACUACUCAAGUUCACAUUAUCAGAUUAUUUUGCCAGCACCAUGACCCAAGUAAUGACAAACGACAUGUACAGCUACACCUAUGAAGAGAAUGAAUACAUGAACCAAGAAGAUGAGUGGGACCGAGACAUGCUGUUAGACCCAGCAUGGGAAAAGCAACAAAGAAAGACAUUUACAGCGUGGUGCAAUUCACAUUUGCGGAAAGCAGGCACAGAGAUUGAGAACAUUGAAGAGGAUUUCCGAAAUGGACUAAAAUUAAUGCUUCUCCUAGAAGUCAUUUCAGGGGAGAGACUGCCAAAGCCAGACAGAGGAAAGAUGCGUUUCCAUAAGAUUGCCAAUGUCAACAAAGCUUUGGAUUACAUUUCCAGCAAAGGAGUAAAGUUGGUAUCAAUUGGAGCUGAAGAAAUUGUUGAUGGGAAUGUAAAAAUGACAUUGGGUAUGAUCUGGACAAUAAUCCUUCGUUUUGCUAUCCAGGACAUAUCUGUAGAAGAAACCUCUGCAAAAGAAGGACUGCUUUUAUGGUGCCAACGGAAGACUGCUCCCUACCGCAAUGUGAAUAUACAAAACUUCCAUACCAGCUGGAAGGAUGGCCUUGGCCUCUGUGCCCUGAUCCACAGACAUCGGCCUGAUCUCCUUGACUACUCCAAGCUACAUAAGGAUGACCCUGUGGGAAACAUUAACCUAGCGAUGGACAUUGCUGAAAAAUAUCUGGAUAUUCCAAAGAUGCUGGACGCUGAAGAUAUUGUAAACACACCUAAGCCUGAUGAGAGAGCACUUAUGACCUAUGUGUCAUGUUUUUACCAUGCAUUUGCUGGAGCCGAACAGGCAGAGACAGCCGCUAAUCGCAUCUGCAAAAUACUUGCUGUGAAUCAGGAAAAUGAGAAGAUGAUGGAAGAGUACGAGAGGCUGGCAAGUGAGCUUUUAGAAUGGAUCAGACGCACAAUCCCAUGGCUGGAGAACCGCACCCCAGAGAAGAACUUGCAAGCCAUGAUGAAGAAGCUGGAUGAUUUCCGAGACUACCGUCGCAAACACAAGCCUCCCAGAGUGCAGGAGAAAUGCCAGCUAGAAAUCAACUUCAAUACGCUACAGACAAAACUGAGAAUCAGCAAUAGGCCGGCAUUCAUGCCAUCCGAAGGAAAGAUGGUGUCUGACAUUGCAAAUGCCUGGCAAAGGUUGGAGCAGGGUGAGAAGGGGUACGAGGAGUGGCUUCUGAACGAGCUGAGGAGACUUCAAAGACUUGAUCACUUGGCUGAGAAAUUCAGACAGAAGGCGACGACGCAUGAGACAUGGACUUCCGGAAAGGAGCAAAUGCUAAUGCAGAAGGACUAUGAGUGUGCGUCUCUGACAGAAGUGCGCGCGCUACUGAGGAAACAUGAGGCUUUUGAGAGUGAGCUGGCCUCCCGCCAAGACAGAGUGGAGCAGAUUGCUGCCAUCGCCCAGGAGCUGAAUGAGUUGGACUAUCAUGAUGCAGCAAGAGUUAAUGAGCGAUGUCAAAAGAUAUGUGAUCAGUGGGACAGACUUGGAACAUUAACACAGAAAAGGAGGGAAGCUCUUGAGCGAACUGAGAAGCUUUUAGAAACUGUUGAUCAUCUGCACUUGGAGUUCAUCAAGAGAUCUGGACCUUUCAACAUCUGGAUGGAGGGAGCCAUGGAGGAUCUCCAGGACAUGUUUAUUGUCCACAGCGUGGAAGAAAUUCAGAAAUUAAUUACUGCCCAUGAACAAUUUAAAGCCACCCUACCGGAAGCAGACAGCGAAAGACAAGCAAUUAUGGGCAUCCAAAACGAGGUGGAAAAAGUGAUUCAGAGCUACAACAUUAAAGUAUCUUCAGUGAAUCCAUAUAGCACACUUACAUUGGACGAGCUCCGCACCAAAUGGGAAAAGGUGAAAAGACUUGUGCCUGCUAGAGAUCAGUCCUUACAGGAAGAGUUGGCCCGGCAGCAAGGUAAUGAACGUCAACGUCGUCAGUUUGCUGCCCAAGCAAAUGUCAUAGGACCAUGGAUCCAGAGCAAGAUGGAGGAAAUUGCCCGCAGCUCUGUCAACCUCACUACAACUCUAGAAGACCAGAUGAACAACCUUAAGCAGCAUGAACACAACAUUGUCAACUACAAGCAUAACAUAGACAAGCUGGAAGGCGAUCAUCAAAUAAUUCAAGAGUCCCUCAUCUUUGAUAACAAGCACACUAAUUACACCAUGGAGCACAUACGUGUGGGCUGGGAGCUCCUCCUAACUACAGUUGCUCGUACCAUCAAUGAGGUUGAAACUCAGAUGCUCACACGGGAUGCAAAAGGCAUCACACAGCAGCAAAUCAAUGAAUUUCGCUCUUCUUUCAAUCACUUUGACAAGAGAAAGAAUGGGCUGAUGGAUCACGAAGACUUCAGGGCCUGUCUCAUUUCAAUGGGUUAUGAUCUGGGGGAGGCGGAGUUUGCACGGAUUAUGGUCCUAGUUGACCCCAAUGGUACAGGGUCAGUGUCUUUCCAAUCCUUCAUUGACUUCAUGACCAGGGAGACAGCUGAAACGGACUCCUCAGAACAAGUGAUUGCCGCAUUCAGAAUUUUGGCUGCGGAUAAGCCGUACAUAUCAGCAGAUGAGCUGCGUAGAGAGCUUCCACCAGAACAAGCCCAGUACUGCAUUUCCAAGAUGCCACCAUUCUCCGGCCGCGGUGCUGUGUCUGGUGCCCUGGAUUAUUCCAGCUUCUCGUCUGCUUUGUAUGGAGAAAGUGAUCUGUAACUUGUUCCCUGUCGAUGCCAAGAUGUAAAACGUAGAUGAUUUCCUAGCAGGCUUGAAUGAGCUCAGAGUAAAACAUGCAUUUAAAAUAUGUGAUUGAAAGCGCAGUGCCAUAUCAUGCUAAUUGUAUUUAAAAGGAAACUCAUUAAAACCAACUUUAGUUUUUGAAUUAGACAAGUACAGUAUGGAAA